GAGAACUUGCCCCCAUUGGGCGCGCCUGGCUCAGCUGCAUAUGUGUGUGUGGUGAAAAGGAUGGGGUUUCUCUAGCCACCGCGCACAAUCCAUUGACCAUGAGGACUCUUCGCAGGUUGAAGUUCAUGAGUUCGCCCAGCCUCAGCGAUCUGGGCAAGAGAGAGGCAGCUGCCUUGGACGAGCGGGGGACUCAGCACCAGCGGGCCUGCUCCAAUGCCACCUGGAACAGUAUCCAGAAUGGAGUCAUAGCUGUGUUUCAGAGAAAGGGGCUUGCAGACCACGAGCUUUACAAUCUCAACGAAGGAGUCAGGCAGCUUCUGAAAACUGAGUUGGGAUCUUUUUUUACUGAAUAUUUACAGAACCAGUUGCUUACAAAAGGCAUGGUGAUCCUGAGGGAUAAGAUCCGGUUUUAUGAAGGACAGAAACUUUUGGAUACCUUGGCUGAAACCUGGGAUUUCUUUUUCAGUGACGUCCUGCCCAUGUUGCAGGCCAUCUUCUACCCUGUGCAGGGGAAGGAACCCCCUGUCCGUCAGCUGGCCCUGUUGCACUUCAGAAAUAUUAUAACUCUCAAUAUAAAACUGGAAGAUGCUUUGUCCCGUUCCCGCGCAAGGAUUCCGCCUUCAAUCAUCCAAAUGUUACUCAUCCUACAGGGUGUUCAUGAAUCGAAAGGAGUUACUGAAGAUUAUUUGAAGUUGGAAACUCUCUUACAGAAGGUUGUUUCCCCUUACUUGGGGACGUACGGUUUGUACUCCAGGGAUGGCGCUCUCGCUCACUCCUCCUGCAUUUUAGAAAAACGCUUCUUUCGGCGCUCUAAAUCGGGGGAUAUUCUUGCUAAGAAUCCGGUGGUGAGAUCCAAAAGUUACAACAAUCCUUUGUUGACUCCCGUAGCCGAGUAUGAGACAGAAGGUGCAGCUGCCAACAACUCGAGCAUCCGACGACACUCGGUUUCUGAAAUGACCUCCUGCGCCGAGAUGCCGGGCUACUCCAAUCUCACCACCAUCACAGACAAUGGGUCCAAGAGCUCCAUGCUUACCAUGAAGAUCCCACCAUCGGGAGAACAGGAGAGGAUUUCGGCUGCUUCAGUGCAAUGUGUGUCUGAUCAACCCAAAGGACUCUUCUAUCCCAUAGACAACCCGGCCAGGGCAUUUGAGUUAGGCCGGGAUUCGGAUUUGCUCGCCAUCGCUCCCACAGCCAGCCCUGAGAACAUCGUGGACCAGAUUUUAGAAUCGAUUGAUUCCGAUUCAGAUGGAAUUUUCAUUGAUUUUGGCCAACACUGCUCUGGCUCCCCGGGGUACAAUAUGGAUGUGAACAGACAAAGCGUGGUCUGAAGGAGUUGUGCUUUACAAGUCCACCGGCCUCUUUGCCUACUCUUCCAAGUCAGAUAAAGAGGAUGACCCCCCCCAGAGAAGUGUGGAUAAUCCUGGCUUGGGGAAAUGGUGGUGCCACUUUGUGGUCAGGUUGCAUCUGUUUAGGCUAAGUUCAUAAAGUCACAUUGAGGUCCAUCCGUGACCAGGCUGAGCUAUGGGUAGUGAUGGAGCUUAGGUUUUAUAUCCAGGUUGAACUGAGCCACAAAUUAUAACAAGCCUGAGAUACUGUCUGACAUUCAAUCUCCCUAAAUGUCCUUCAUAAGUGCCCCCUCCUCCUGGGGAUGUGAUUUGCCUCCCAUUGAUUGCCUUCUUUCCCAGUGUUUUUCCAGUUUGGAUUUCCUCAGCAUUCUCCUUUCUUGCAGGAGUCAGCCAACCGGAGCCAAGUAGAGGAAGACUACCAAGUAGACUACUGGCGGAUUUACUUGGAAUGGAAAAGGACCAAAUGAAUAGGGAAUUGGACCAGGUUUUUAGAGUCAAUUCCAAUUACGCAAGAAGGAACAGAGUGCCCAGGGAGGUCCAUGUUAGAUUUCUUAAAAGAAAUCGGCGAGAUGAAAUUUUGAGAAUAGUAAGGGACCAACCUAUGAAGUAUAAAGAUAAAGAGCUUGUAGUUCUUAAACCGAGUCCUAGAAAAAUAAGGGAAGCACGAAGAGAUUAUCAAUUUUUAACAAGGAAACUGAUUGAUAGCGGAGUGAAUUUUAGACUGUUGAUUCCAGAAGGGCUGAUUUUUUGGGACUCGAAAAGAU